AUGUCUACUAUAGAAAACAACCUAGUCGAGGGCAACAAGGCAUAUGCAGCUUCUUUCACGAAGGGGGAUCUUGCGCUCCCACCGAGCCAGAAAUAUACUGUCCUGACCUGUAUGGACGCGCGUAUUGACCCAAGCGCCGCCUUCGGCAUCCCCCUAGGUGCAGCUCACGUUAUCCGAAAUGCUGGAGCCUCUGCGCGCGAUGCCUUUCGAUCGCUCGUUAUAAGCCAACAACUGCUGGGCACGACCGAGGUGCUGCUGGUCAAGCACACGGGUUGCGGCAUGUUAACUUUCGACAACGACACCGCGCGUGGGCUUGUGAAGAAGAACAAAGGGGAAGUGGCAGCAAAGGAGGUUGAAGACCUCGAUUUCCUUGCAUUUCCUGAGCUGGAGGAGAAAGUACAGGAGGACGUACAAUGGCUCAAGAGCAAGGCGGUGGAAGAGGGCGUCAGGGUAACAGGGUGGAUAUAUGAAGUCGAGACUGGACGAGUUCGGAAGGUGGUGUAA